AUGACGGCUCAAAACUCCAAGAUUGUGACAUAUCUACUUACAGUCUUUGUAUUAUUGCAUGCGGUUCAUGGGAGUGUUAUUGAUCGCCGUACACAGUAUACAUUAAACAAGAAUGCCAUUACCUGGAACAAAAACUGCGAUGCAGCUAAUCCCAAAAACAAACAAGAAACGAAACGCGCAGCCGUGGAGCGAGCUUGGGUCGGUGCACUUGAGCUAAGUAGCACGGCGUGGAACCGAUUCAACACAGUGACAUGGCCAAGGAUAAAACAGACCCAACUGACAGAAGAUGCACAACAAUACAUAUAUUUGCAUGAUCCAGGUCCAGGAAAAAAUGGCCGCCCCAAGGACGCCGAACUUGAGAUCAGCUGCGCAGAUACAUGGGAAGAAGAAGAUGGAAGUGACGCUUGCAUGAAUAGUGCUGGAACUGGUUCUGUCGCUUGGACAGAUUCAGACUCCGACGAAGAAACCAGCACUAUUAAUUUCUGUCCAUCUUUCUGGGCCCAGCCGAGGUUCGAUAAAUUGAAAUCAGAGAGUGCUGCAAAGAUUCAGAGUCGGUACCAAGAUAUGGACUAUAUGGGCACAGACGCAUUGGUUGUCAUUCAUGAGCUUACCCAUCUUUGGUGGAUCGGGCCCACCAACGCGGAGGUUGACGAAGUGUAUGGAUUCGUGCAGGGUACGGAGCUGGCAUGGAACUGUGGUAUGCCUGAACCCAACAACGAAGAGGUUGUUGAAAAUGCGGAUACUUAUGCAUUCUACGCUGAGUAUGGGUACUGGAGAGCGAAAGGUAUCGAUAAUCUCUGGCCCAAAUCUACAGGGGAUCCGGUGUAUAUCCCAGUCGAGAACUAUUAG